AUGGGAGCUGAACAAGGAAAGUUAAACACUGUCAAAAUCAGGAUUAAUAUCCACAGAGGUAAAAAGCUAAAUGCUAUUGCAAAGAAAAAAGACGACAUUUGCAAGCAUUUAGAAGCAGGCAAUGAAAUGAAUGCUAAGAUUUGGGCGGAGACAUUAAUCAAUGAAGAGAAUCUGAUUCCAUGCUUUGAUAUAGUUUCAAUUAUGUGCGAUUAAUUGAAUGGAAGACUUAAGACUAUUGAAAAAUUUGGUCCACCUAAGGACAUGGACUAAACUUUUAGAACUCUGUGCUAUGCUUCGAUCAGACUAGAGAUCGAUGAGUUAGUUUAAGUCAGACAAUAAUUAGGCAAAUUGCUUGGAAAGUAAUUCUUGAUCAGUGCUGAUAAGGACGAAGAGUGCGUGAACAAAGUUGUAAGUUUAAAACGAUUUCUGAGUAACCCAUUUGAAUAGAUUGUAGCUCAGAUUAACAUUAAGAUUCCUGAAGAAGGAGAGAAAAUCAAGAGACUAGUCGAGCUUGCUAAGGAAAGGAAUAUCGAUUACAAGCCAUCAAUGGAAGCCUAGUAAUGUUUGAAUGAUUACAUUGAUCGCAAAGGUAUGCCUAAUCCUCAAGGAAACAGCGGAAAUCAUCAUCCAAUCCCCCCUGUUUACAACCCACCACCUAUUUAGAAUUAAUAGUUCCAACCUCCUCCUAAUUUCCCUCCUCCUGAUAUGGGAAACUCCCAACCUCCAGCCUUCCUACCACCUGGUGGUGGAAUGCCUCCAAGCUACAUGCAAGGCCUUCCUUAGUAUAUGCCUCCAUCUGGCCCAGGCUAAUACCCUGGAUUCUAGCCAGCUAAUCAAUUCAACCAACCACCUGCUUUGGGCUAACCCUCCUAUAAUUAUCAAUAUGAUACAUCAUUGCAACCUCAGAAUUUUAUGCCAUAAGAUAAUAAUGGAGGUGCAUAUGGAGGUCCAGGAAAUGGAACUGCAGGUUCAGGAGGAAUGGACAAUAUUGACGACUUUGAAGCCAAGUUAAACAGCCUCAAAAAAAUGUGA